CAAACAGAAGGAGAAAGAGGAAGAAGAUGAAGACGAGGGUUUAGUGUAAACAUGGGCAGUGGCGAAAAGCUAAUGAUGACAUGACUACAGCUUGAACUACAGAGAAUUGUACCUGUCAGUCCCAUGUAAUGAUGCCCUUUCAUUAAAGAUGGGAGGCAGUGGAUCCAAAGCUAAAGGAGUCUGGCCUUUCACUGGCUCAGGGGCCAGUGGAGACUCUCCUGGGGUCAAUGAUCAGUCUUUAGCCCGAAUGUGUGGCUACAAAAAUGCAACCCCAUUUGUCUUUACAAGGAGGAGCUCUCUGUAUUAUGAUGAGGAUGGAGAUCUGGCUCAUGAGUUCUAUGAAGAGACGGUGGUGACUAAAAACGGCCGAAAGAAGGCAAAGCUGAAGAGGAUCCACAAGAACCUCAUACCUCAGGGGAUUGUGAAACUGGAUCAUCCACGAAUCCAUGUUGACUUCCCAGUCAUUAUUUGUGAAAUAUAAAAACAGGAGAUGUGAAACAAGGAGCUGUUUCACCAAUGAAAUCUUUCACCUUUCUACUGCAGUCCUGUCUUUGCUGAUGGACGUUAGUGGCUCCCAAUGUCAUCAUAGUUGUUUUAUAGUUGGAGUGUCAGCCAGACUGCCCUCGUGUGGCUGGAGGAAUUUUCUUUUUGUCUACAUAGGAAACCUCUCAAUGGUGUCAAGUAAAAUUUGAACAUCAAGCUGAACUGAAGGGCAGUUUGUUUCCUUUGCAUACUGCUAGUCAUAAAUUUAUUCCUGUAAAUUUAGGAGUGAAUACAGAGUACUGAUGGGCAGGGAUUGCAGGGUUUAUAUUUUUGCUGACUGAGGAUGGCAUGUCUUCAUUUUGUUGUAUUGUAUAUAACUAUUGUGUUAUCUGUCUGCUUCUGUUUGUUGUCUUUAUGCCCAGAUCUUCACUCAUUUGAUGUACAUUAAUUUAUGAAAGAUAAGAUACUUUAAUAAAAAUAAACUGGUA